GUCCUAAACCAUUACUUCAAAUAACUCUGCCUCCUGGCAAAUAGCGUUACGAGGAGACUCGGAUUUUGAGCGGGUCGUUGGCACUACAAUUGCAAAGCAGCAAUCUGGAGCUGGAGGUGAGCAGUGAGCACCACUCAACGCCGCUAACAACUUAGGCGAUUCAUGGGUUCCUUGGACGCCGCCACCACAACCGAAUCCGGAUCCAACAUUGAGCAAUUUCUUGGCGAUCGGUUACUCGACCGGACGCUGCCCAUCUCCGAACGGUUUAGAGCCCUCUUUUCUCUCCGCAACCUCAAAGGCUCCGCUCCCCGUAACGCCCUUAUUCACGCAAUAAGAGACUCUUCAAAUUUGCUGGCACAUGAGGCAGCAUUUGCAUUGGGCCAAAUGCAAGAUUAUGAAGCUAUCCCUGCAUUAGCAGCAGUUCUAAAUGAUCUUUCCUUGCAUCCAAUUGUUCGUCAUGAGGCUGCAGAAGCUCUUGGUGCAAUUGGAUUAGAGAGCAGUGUUCCUCUUUUGAAGAAUAGUUUGUCUGUAGAUCCAGCUCAGGAGGUUAGAGAAACUUGUGAACUGGCUCUCAAGCGAAUUGAGGAAAUGAAUGCUACAGGCACUUGUGAUGAAUCAUCUACAACUGAAAAAUCACCCUUUAUGUCAGUUGACCCAGCUGCUGCGGCUGCUUCUUGUUUUUCUGUUGUUAUGCUGAGGGAAGCUCUCUUGGAUGAAGAAAAGGGCAUGUAUGAGCGCUAUGCUGCUCUUUUUGCACUUAGAAAUCAUGGUGGAGAAGAAGCUGUUUCUGCUAUAAUUGAGUCUUUGGGUGGAAAAAGUGCUUUGCUUAAGCAUGAGGUUGCUUAUGUUUUGGGCCAGUUGCAGAACAAAGCUGCUUCAGCUGCACUUAGCAGAAUACUUAAGGAUGUAAAUGAGCAUCCAAUGGUUAGACAUGAGGCUGCUGAAGCUCUUGGUUCUAUUGCUGAUGAACAAAGUAUUGCACUUCUUGAGGAAUUUUUGAAGGAUCCUGAGCCUAUUGUAUCACAAAGCUGUGAAGUUGCCCUGAGCAUGCUAGAAUAUGAAAGAUCAGGAAAAUCAUUUGAGUACUUAUUUAUGCAAGAUCCUUUAGCACAAGCAUAAAUGGAUCAUCCAUCUUCUGGAAACUCCCUUAACAGAUGUUCAAGUUUCAAAUCAUCUCAUCAACGCAUUCCUUGUGAAGGCAGUGUUUGUGGAAGAGAGUGUCAGCAGAAUAACAGAAGAUAACUAGGAGAGAAUUAUAUACUCAGAAAUUCAGAACUAGUCUUUUUCAAGCUGUACUAAUGUAAUUCUGUUGGUGACAUGGGAUCUAAUUGUGGUAAAUUUUCCCAUAACUAUUGGAUUCUUAACUUUGCGACAUCAAUUUACGAGUUAGUGAUAUACAACGCAAAGUAUUUACAAAGA